AUGAACGCAACUACUAAAUUGAGCCUAAAUUCAUCAGGCUUGUUAGAUGAUGCUUCGAAUUUUAAUGGAAAUUCGCUGCAAGGUCUUGUGAUGUCUCUUAUAGGAGCCGUUUAUGAUCAAAAGCAGAGCUAUGAAUCAAAGAAUUAUACUAAUGCUAUAUUUCAACUAUUCACGUAUUGUUCGUCACUGUAUGGUCUUUGCUGCUUAAUCAUGGCAAUAAUAUUGAACAGAACAUUGGUUUUUGCUUCCACUAAUAACCGAUCAAGUGAACACCGUGAAAGGAAAGAUGAUAAAGUAAGAAAUCGGUCAAGAGAGAUAAUGAUCUUUAUCUUGAGGUUUUCUGCCAUCGUAUUGUUACUACAGUGUUUCAACUCAGUUUUGGUUGCAUUGAACUUUAAUAGUCAUGCUGGCUUGAAGAAUACUGAUAUGUCUUGGUUCCAUUAUUUAUUACCAGACAGAUUUUUUGCAUAUGAUCCAUUAAACCCUCCAAAUAAAUACAUGGUAUCUACUGACUCACAGGGUAUGGCUGGUCCCACUUCAGACAUGUAUUGGCCAAUUUUUUUAACGAUUUGUUAUCUGACAUUCAUUGAAACGUUUAUUUCCGUUAUUCAAGGCAAAAGACCUUACACUGAAACAGGUUUUACCAUCUUUGAACAUUCACUUGCCUUCCACGAGGCAAGCUUUGGCGCAACUGGCUUCUUUGCUAGUCAAAAGGUAUCCAGAAUACCAAAUACCGCAAUGCUUGUGCUCUCUCUUUAUCUGGUAUUUAAUCAUUCCAAUAUUCAAAUUGGUGGGCUCCUCAACGACAAUGCUUACAGAUUGAUUCCACUGACAAUAAGCGGAUUGAGUUUUAUGGUAUACUUCAUCUAUGAGUUAUUCAGUUCACAAUAUUUUCCAAUAGUUAUCUUUGCAACUUUCUUACCUCAACUACUAAUUUUAGCGGUAAUUUGCCUAAGUUUAUUCAUAUUCAUUUUAGCUGUCGUCACCAAUGGAUUUAGUUUGAAGGAUUUGAAUUGUGCUAGCUUUUUGUUCGAAGACAACGAAGACUUAGGUUUAAGAAAUUAUUUGUCGUUUAAUCUAGAUGAAGACUUCCAAAAGGCGUUUUUGAAUUGUGGAGUAUUGGCUAUUAUACUGGCAGGUAAGUCCAGUUAUAUUUCAGAAUUAAGUCCAAUCAAUACCUAUGCUCAGACUUGGGUUGAAAAAUCAUUUUGGCAAAAGCUUCAAGAGGGCUUUGGUCCUAAUACAUCUGAUACCACAAUUAACAGGAAAAAAGGAUAUGACAUUUUUGUUACAGAUCCUGAGAAACUUCUAAUGGGGAAGACUAUGGGUACCAACAAAUUUGAAGGAGGGACGUCAAUGGGUACCAGAGUUAGGUACUUAAAAGAAAUACUUCUUAAUACGUACGAGUUAUUAUACGGAAUUAUCAUUGAUAAAAUCAUUUGCGGAAUAUACAGAAGGUACGUUUCAAGGACCCUGCUAAAUACACCUCGCUUUGAGGAGACAGAGGAAGAAUUUGAGGAGAGAAAGAAGACCAUACCUACUUACCUCGUGCCCUUUGCCAGGAGGAAGAGUUCAAAAGAUCAGUCUCACGAUACUUCUCAACAAGAAUACAUAUGCUUGGAUCAGAUGACUGACGAACAAAUCGAAGAGAAAUAUAUUGAUCUAAUACAGAGUGCUGAACUUCCAGACGAGGAUUAUUCCCGUGAUUAUUCUCCUGAUCUGGAACUCGAAGACUCGGACGAAGAAUCGAUCGAUAUCGACUUAACGCAAGGACCAAGCUCCAGUCUAUCUCCUAUAACUGAGCUUUUCACUGGUCAGGGUCUCAAUGAGCUAAUAAGCGCCUCCACUGCUGUACUCAAUGAACAUCUUUCCUAUGAACGUGGAAUAUUGACAAGGUCAAAAUAUAGGUCUCUCAAUCACAUCCCCAACGAGGAUGAAUCCUUGAAACUUUUGCAAAUUAUAGCCUUAAGGAGAUCAGAUGCUGCUCAAUCAUCCUCCACUAAUGAUGAUGACGUAUACUCAAGAUACACUUGUGUUAUCUGUCAAUGCAAUCCACGAGAGAUCAUCACCUGGCCAUGCAAGUGUUUCGCAAUAUGCGAAACUUGUCGCUUGUCUUUGGUUUCAAAAGGAAUCGAAGGUUGUGUAUGCUGUCGUAAGGAGGUUCAUGGUGUCAGUAAGGUCUUCAUUCUGUGA